AUGUCGCAGGCAGCCAAGGUAAAUAGGAAGGAGUUGUCUCGCCUUUCGGGGGAUCCCACCCUGGACAUACGGGACCCCAUGCUGUCCAACAUACUGAGGCGGGGGGUCCGCAGACGGGCGGUCCCGGCUGGAGCUCCUGGAGGCCAAGUGUCGGUAACCAUGGGCAUGGCCGACUGUGUGGACAGCUGCACCCAAACAGACAUCAGCUUCCAGCAUAUGCUGACUCUGGGCAGGAGUGGGCAGCAUCCCUGUGGAGCUCAAUCCCCACCUGACCCCCCUCCAUCACCUCCACUACCCCCACUGCUGGAGCCAUAUCUGUUCAGUGACAUCUUCACAGAACCUGUGUACUAUGACCCCACUGAUUACUUAGACAUCACUCAGCAUGAAGUGGACCGGCACGACGAGCUGGAAUACGAGGAGGUGGAGCUGUACAAGUCCCGUCAGCAGGACAAACUGGGCCUGACGGUCUGUUACAGAACUGAUGAGGAGGAGGACCUGGGGAUAUACGUAGGAGAGGUGAACCCAAACAGUAUUGCUGCAAUGGAUGGUCGUAUCCGUAAGGGAGACAGAAUAUUACAGAUAAAUGGCGUGGACAUCCAGAACAGAGAGGAGGCGGUAGCUAUUCUCACCAGAGAGGACAGCACUAAUAUCUCACUGCUCCUCGCAAGGCCUGAGAUAGAGAAUGACAACCAACUGGAUCCUGAUGAUCUGGACCUGGAGUCCCUGGACAAUGCCAUUCACCUGAGCAGCAGUCCCAGAGUAAGGACCAGCACCUCUGUUCCAGCUGUUGGACAAAGCAGCCCUUCGGUGGGAGGUGUGCUGUCAAACCACUCUCACUCACUGAACAGAGACUCACCCGACUUGCUCCAGACAGUUCUGAGCAACAGCCAGGAGUUGGACAGCGGUGUUGGCCGCACAGAUGAAAGCACUCGCUACGAGGAGUCCUCAGAACACGACCUUCUGGGAGACGACCACACCAGUGCCUCCAACACCAACACAACCAACACGCCAGGCAGCAUGCGCAAGUUUCUGUCCAGCAGAGGGGACACUCCGCCUCUGCUGCAGUCCCAGGACCUCCAGUUCAGCAUGGACUCCCUCCUCGGACUGGAGUGUUUUAAUGCAGGAGGCCUGGAACAGAUGGAGCGACUGGAGAGGACAUACAUGGCCGAGUCCGUGAGGAUGAUGAUGCCUGGGCUCACUGAGGAAGAGUGUGAGAGGUAUAAAGAGCUCCUGGAAAUCAAGUGCUUCUAUGAGAAGAACAGUCAUGCUCAGGGGGUGGCACAGGAGGACGGGGGCGUCCCACUGGAUGAGAACAGGAACGAGAGCCUGACACAGCACGAGAUCGUUCUUCUUGAAGAGGAGCUGCGCCACUUGGAGUUCAAGUGUCGGAACAUCCUGAGGGCCCAGAAGAUGCAGCAGCUGAGGGAGCGCUGCAUGAAGGUUUGGCCUCAAGAGGACAAGAAUGGAGCAGCUACAGGAGCUGUCGGAGCUGGACGCCUGGAGAUGAAUGGUACUUUGGUGGAUGAGGAGUCUUCUCAUCACGCUCUGUCAGAUAUCAAUGAGCUUCCUGAGAGGGAGCGUUCUGACAAGGACAGCACAAGUGCCUACAACACCGGGGGGGAAAGUUGCAGGAGCACACCUCUGGUUAGUGAGCAGCACCCUUCCCCCUCCACACAGAGCCUGGAAGGUGGAGAGUCUCUUCCUCCAGCAGGGAUGCAGCCUCCAACCUUCACCAGGCAGAAAGAGAGAGGAAACAGAGCCGAACGACGGGAUGGGGUACAAGCAAACCUAAACCAACCCUACUCCCCGCACCCCCACAGAAGAGGAGCCGAGACGAAGACAUCCAGCCCCAGUAUGAAAGUGAGGUCCCUGUCCCGGGAUGUGGGAACCAGGAGGGGCUCAGAUGGAGGAGUGAGACGGAGCCCAAAAGCUGGUGGGUCAGCUGAGAGGGCUGGUGGACGCAGUGCAGAAAACAGCCCUUAUCUAUGCCGCCGCCAGACCGAAGACAAGCCCCCCCAACGCUACCUGAGCUGCAUGCAGCUGCAGUCCCCCUCAGCGUCAGAGUGCCUGGGGGGACUCAGAAAUGCUGCCAAAGAGAGCACCAUGGAGAUGGGAGGUAACACCAGUCCAAUGAGCUUGGGCAGCACAUGUAAAGACGUUCUCCAGAACCAUGCAGGUGCCGUCUCUUUCCCCUUGUCCCCUCCACUGAUGCCUGCGUCCCCCAGGAUGGAGUGGAAGGUCAAGAUCCGCAGUGACGGCUCGCGUUAUGUGGCCAAACGGCCGGUGAGGGAUCGCCUCCUGAAGGCACGUGCCAUGAAGAUUCGAGAAGAACGCAGCGGUAUGACGACCGACGACGAUGCCGUUAGUGAAAUGAAGAUGGGUCGUUACUGGAGCAAAGAGGAGCGCAAGCAGCAGCUGCUGAGGGCCCGAGAGCAGCGCCGCCGCCGGGAGUUCAUGAUGCAGAGCCGGCUCGACUGCCUCAGAGAGAGGGAGAAGGAGCAGGGCAGCGGCGGAGGGCAGGGGGAGACGCAGCAGCAGGAACCCACCUCCAUCUUGGAGCUGUGCCACCGCAGGAGCAUGAAGAAGCGCAGUCGCAGAAUCCUGGACAACUGGAUCACUAUACAGGAGCUGCUGGCACACGGGAGCCGGUCUGCAGACGGGAAGAAAGUCUACAAUCCACUGCUGUCUGUAACCACCGUCUGAGCUCACAGACAAGACUGUCCAGGAAAAACUGCUUUUUUUAUCUGUUAUUGCAGCACAAAUUGUCAGACUAAAUGUCAAAGCUUAAAGACAAAAAGCAAACCCUCGAGACUGAGAACAAGUUUUCCAGAGAGCAGAAACUACGAGAAUCUUGCCAAACUGCAACAAACAUAUUCCCACUGUGAACAUGAAGAUCCAUUCAGGAGGUAAUCAGACGCAUCCUGUGGAACAGCACAGUCUCAGAGCACAAGCUGCAUUUAACUAACUCUACUGAGCAAAACGUCAUCAUCUGCUGUUCAGAAGAUCAUCGCUAACGUUUCCAGGCCUUGAUUACAUCCGAGUCAUUCAUGGAAAAUGGAGCUAAAAGCAGCACAGCUGUAAAAACACUUGAAGAAAACUCAGUUCAGUGCCACAAAACUGUACUUAGUGUUCAAGAGGGAUUUGUUUUAAAGACAGAGCACAUCUUCUAAAUUUUGUGCUGGUACAGGUAAGGAUAAAUUUGUUUGUACUACUUUUAACACACAAAGGUCACUGAAAUCACCUAAAACCAAGAAUAGUAAUAUUUAGAAGAAAAAAAAAGUGAGAUCAGCUAAAAUCGUUUAUUCCUUUUGAAGUUUUAACCAGAAUUGAAAACAAACAAGUGAAACUGGUCUUGACAGAAAGGAUGGUAACCUUUUAUUUACUGCACAUUUUG